GUGGGUGUAUCGUGGGCAGUGCUGAGGAAGUCGGUGAAUGCUAAGCGCCAGCCUGUUUUGUUUCAUUAGGGAAUCAUAUUAUCUUAUUUGAAAACAUGUAGGGUAGGUUCUCAAUUAUAGAUAGCAAACAGUUAAAUGUACGGUACCUGUUACAUCAGAACAUUGCGAAAUGCGAAGAAAAUGCAAGAAGAAAGCACGUUUCGAAGUUAUACCCAUAUCAAAUAAGGCGAAAUGGGAACGUGUUUUUGUAAGCAGGAAACGAACUCUGAUGCAGAAAUGUUUUGAAAUUGAAAAAGCUAUCGGAUGUUCAGUGACUCUCACAAUCCGAACAAAGCAGGGAGAAAUUUGGUAUUAUGCAUCGCAUGAUAAGUUACGACAGUUUUUGUCGAAUGGAAAAUUAAUUGAUGCAAAAUCAAUUAGAGUUACUGGAAACACUCUGGACCAAAAUUUGCUCACUGGACAGAUCAAUAAUAUGAAGAAUGCUCAUAUUGAUGAAGAUGAAAAUGGCUGGGAACAACCUCCACAAUGCGCAACAGAAGAAGACUUUGAUGGAUCCGACUCUUCGAAUGGUACGGUUAUAAAGGAUAGCGGGUGUCACGUUCCAAAAUGCAAUGGAUCAGGAAUCAAACGUCCAACUGCAAGUACCACAACAUGCAAGACUACCAAAAAAAAUAAUCAUGCAAUUCCUGUAUCAAACAGAAAAAAGAAACCAAUACAGAAAAAAUAUUUCAAAGCAUCUGGAAAAUCUUCAGGAAAUCUUCAAAAAAAAGUUCCAAAUAUUGCAGAAAGUUGUACUAGCCCAAGUAUUAUCCUUGAAACACAUAAAAAUAGAAAGCACAAUCAAACUAAAAAUAAACCAUCUACUAAGGUAGAUUCAACAAAACGUAACAAAUCUAGUUUGGGAUUACGUGGCUCGGGUGAAUAUGUAUUCGAUUAUUCAUCUUCAGACGAUGAUAUUGGACUUACGAAAAAGCAAUCUUCAGUGAAUUCAUCUUCUAACAUUAAAGUUGUUUCUACCACAUCCUCUGAUGAUUCAUCUUCUUCCAGUGAUGGGUCUCAUGUUGAACCUGAUCAAAUCGAUAGCCAUAUUGGAUCUGCAAAAAAGCCGUCUUCGCUGAAUUCAUCUUCUAACAUUAAAGAUGUUUCCAUUACAUCCUCUGAUGAUUCAUCUUCUACCAGUGAUGGGUCUGAUGCUGAGCCUGAUCAAACCAAUAGCCAUAUUGAAUCUGCAAAAAAGCCGUCUUUGCUGAAUUCAUCUUCUAACAUUAAAGAUGUUUCCACCAUAUCCUCUGAUGAAUCAUCUUCUACCAGUGAUGAGUCUGAUGUUGAGCCUGAUCAAACCAAGAACCAUAUUGGACCUACAAAAAAGCAAUCUGUAGUGAAUUCAUCUGCUAACACUCAAGUCGUUUCCGUCACAUCCUCUGAUAGUUCAUCUUCUUCCAGUGAUGGGUCUGAUAUUGAGCCUCAUCAAACCAAUACUCAAAACAAAAGCCAUUAUGUUAAGCAAACCUUUACUACUAUAACAACUGUAAAAUCAGAUUGUGACAGUAGUAAUAACACACAGCAUACAAUGGAUCAAAGUGCUGACUUGAGUUGCCAUAGGGGCCCAUCUGACAAAAGUCCUAGUAAUGCUAACACGACUACAGGCAAAAUAAAGGGAAAAAAUCAUGUACCAAAGAUUUCCACUCCCAAACACCCUUACACUAAAAGAAAGAGACUAUACACAGACCCUGUUUCUAUAACGGAACAACAAAAAAUAAGCGAAUCACCGAAACAGUUACCAUCUACUGGUAUCUUGAAUGGUAAUAAUGAUUUUGAUAGAAAUUUAAAGCGGGACGAAAGGACUUGUGAUCCUAAAAAACUAAAGAAAACUGCUGGUGAUAAAGGUUCUGUCUUGUACCCAAUCUCACCUAAUUCAUCAAACACCAUUCGUCCGCAUUCUAAGAAAGUAUAUCGUAAUGACUCCUCCAAGAAGCAAAAAUUCAAAUCAUUGGUCAAUUCAGAUCCAUCUACUGAUGUUUUGGUUGAAGUAAAAAAUGAUCUAGAAAGAAACUAUUCAAUACAUGGUCUUACUACAUCAGACAAGACAGCCUCGAAUAACUUUGGUCGUUGUUCACAUGACAGAUUCAAUGAAUCGACAAAUAUUAAAUCUUCGGAUGCACUGGGUACUUUGAAAAAUCAAAAUGAAGAAGAAGGACCUAUGCCGAAAAAAGUUCCCAAGAAAUAUAAUAAUCAGCACGGAAAUCAGGAAAAAUCUUGCUCAGGAAUUACUAAAUCACCCAAUCGGGAUAAUGAUAAAGUAAAGUCAAAGAGUGUUUACAACAAUUCUUUUUCUGAUCGAUUAGCGCCUGCAAAAGAAUCUUUCAUUAAAACCUCACCUCGACAAAAAGUAAAAACUGAAAGAAAUAAGUAUGAUUUCCUAGAAACUGCUGGGAAAAACUUGCCACCUUUCCCAAAAGCAGAAACUUUUUCUAGAAAAAAAUUAAACACUUCAUCUAAAAGAAAUCAAAAGCAUGAUUCUGAUUACCAUCAACAACCAACUCAAAAUGAAACGGAAAAGCCCAUCCCAGAAAACAUUUCUAAGAAAUAUAAUAAUCAGCAUGGUAGUCCAAGGAAAUCUUUCUCAAGGUUUUAUAAACCACCCAUAUUUAGAGAUAAACUAAACUCUGAGAGUGUUUACAGCAAUCCUUGUGAUGAUCGAUCAAUACCUGCGGAAGAAUCUUCUGUUAAAACGGCACCACAACGCAAAGUAAAAACUGAAAGAAAUGAGUAUGAUUUCUUUGAAUCUGCUGGGAAAAACUUGACAUCUUUUCCUAAAGUAAAACCAAAGUCCACAAAAAAAAUUUACCCUUCCACAAGAUGGAAUCGAAACUUUGAUUCUAAUUGUUAUCAACAACCAACAACGAGAAGUGGAAAUAACUCAAUUCCCAAUGCCAAGCGCAAUGUUGCUAACUUUAGGAAAAGGUCACACAGUGACACCUUCAAAAGCAACAACAAUGGCACCUAUGGUUACUGCGCAAAAAUUCCAAAGAAAAAUAACUUUGUUGAUAACCGUGUAAAAGUUCCGAAGAAAAGUAACUUUGUUGGUAAUCGUGCAAAAGUUUCAAAAAACAAUAAAUUUGUUGAUAAUCAUGCAAAAAUUCCAAAGAAAAAUAACUCUGUCUAUUAUAGAGAAUAUUAUCGAAAGCAAGAAGUUGAUGGUCCUAUCAGAACUACAAACAAAUAUUGGGAUACAUCGUAUGGUGGUUAUGACAAUACAAGCUACAACAAAUUUUCUGAUCAAAAUUGGUAUACAGUACGUGAGUUUUCGGAAUCAAAACUCUGUGGUCAGCGAUUCAAGAAAAUGACUUGCUCUCAGGAAAAAGAUUGGGGCGGGUAUGGUACGCAGUAUAGUAAUACAAACUAUUUGGCUAAUAGAAACUCCAGGCAAAAUAAAGAGUCUUUUUAUUCAAGUAGCAGGUUUAACCAACCUUUAAGAUACAGAUGAAAAUGUUGACUGUCAAGCAUGAAAGGUAUCAUGACAUGAUCGUGGUAAAAAGAAAAGUUCCAUAAGGAAUUACAUCUGUGCCUGAACUACCCACCGAUCACUGUUUUAUUAUGAUUACAUUAGUUGGUACACAAUUUAUAUACUUUAAAUGUAAGCAUUGAAAAUGUUCAGAUGUUUCUAAAGAACCACAUUAUAAAAUUACAGCCAAGUCUUAAAAACUGCAAUUAAGCAAUGAAUGAUGGUGAAAUUUUCAUCCUAGACGUUGCUUCAAUAAUUAUUGAAUGGUGCAUUAUUCGUGUAUUUAAGUACAUGUAAAGGUGCUAAAGGUUGUGAAUUUGUUUUAAAUAUUUCUUUUUGUGCCUUUUUUUUAUAUUUAAAAUGCCGCUAAUUUUUGAAAAAUUGCACAAAUGCUGUAUGACAGUCCUGUCCUUUCGGCACAUAUAUUUCGGUAUAGUUCUCUUGUUUAAAUUGUUCAAGCUGUUGUGGGACAGUCACUAUUCCGGACCAACCAGGAGAUCAGUUUUAGGAUAGGAUUUUAUGGGCUUAUAAGCCAUUUCAAUCAUUUGACGAAGCAGGGUGUCUCUCGUCAGGUUUAAAUAAACUUUAAUGGGAUGCCGUG